AUGACAUAUAUUUGUGGAUUUGACUCGAUGCUACACAUUGUAAUGGUUACGUUUGAUCGAUACAUCGCCAUAGUAAAACCGCUCCGGUAUAUCGCAUUGGUUACGCAGAAACGCAUAGCAAUCGUAGUGCUGGUAGGAUGGAUACUAUCUAUCGCAUCGGUUAUAGGUCAGGUCGUACUCUACCAUAACAAAGAAACGUUUCCGUCGGUUAACUGUCUAGGGAUUCGAUACCGUCCGGAUCUUUACACGGUUCUGUUUGAUAUCUUCAUAUUCAUAACUACUACAACAUCCGGUAUCGCCAUGGUCAUCUUAAACGCAAUCAUCCUGCGCACCGCUAUUAGGCAACUUCGACGGAUCGCCAACGUUGAACACGCUUUACACAACGCAAACGGCGUGUCAGAAAGCCGUGAGGAAGCAGCGAGAAAGAUGAAAGCGUGUAAAGUAAUCAUUUGCGUCGUGACCGCUUUCAUCAUUUGCCACACACCCAUCGGCGUCAUGCACCUGUGCUUUGCCGUUUCUGAUAGCGUCGUUCUGAACAGCGCUUUGAACGAAAUCUCGUUUGUUCUUUAUCUAAUCAGUUCCGCGGUUAACCCGUUGAUUUACUGCCGGGUUGACCGCGUAUUCAGGGAAUGCGCAUGGCGCAUGCUCAGUUCAGUCGUGAACAGAUUUUCUAGGGGGGAGAACAACCCGACUUCAAAUGGUGAGAAACUGGUCUAUACCUUAAAGUGGAAUACUCAUGUAACUGAAAUUAUGAAUAAGAUCAAUAGAAAGUUCUUCAUGCUGUGUAGAAUAAAAACUUACAACCUACCUGAUUGUGAACUGUUAACCGAAUAG